GUGGUUCUUCUGAGCACCACCGUUCCCUCGUUCUUGUUGGCCUACAGGCAGUAGAGGCGUGGAGGAAGUAAACACGUGUUGCAACGGAAUUUGUUCAUAGGCCACUUGUAGAUGAUUGCUUCACCUACUUGACUGCCUUCUCACAGUGGUUCUCCCGGAGAACUGAUUGAUGAUCAGAAACAUAUAAAGAGAAAGCUACUGAUGGCUCCCUGCAAAGUGAAGACUGGGCCCUCAACAUGGAGAUCUGCGACAUCAUUAAUGAGACAGAGGAAGGGCCAAAAGAUGCCUUUCGGGCAAUAAAGAAAAGGAUCGUGGGGAAUAAGAACUUCCACGAGGUGAUGCUGGCUUUGACAGUCCUUGAAACAUGUGUCAAGAACUGUGGCCACCGUUUCCAUGUGCUGGUUUCUAGCCAGGACUUUGUAGAAGGUGUGCUGGUCCGAACCAUCCUCCCGAAAAACAACCCACCUGCCAUUGUGCAUGACAAAGUGCUGACCCUCAUACAGUCCUGGGCAGACGCAUUCCGCAGCUCACCCGACCUGACAGGAGUGGUAGCUGUGUAUGAGGACUUGAGGAGGAAAGGUCUAGAGUUUCCCAUGACUGACCUUGAUAUGUUGUCACCCAUCCAUACACCACAGAGGACUGUAUAUACCUCAGACUCUCCACCAGGGCAGGACUCACCAGCAGUGGAUGCCCCUGAGACAAUAGAAUCUAUCCUGCACCCUGUGUCCCUGCCAGUAGCUCCGGGACCUUCAGCUGAGGCUGCCAUCACACCUACUCCAGAGCAGAUCGGGAAGCUACGCAGCGAGCUAGAAGUAGUGAACGGGAAUGUGAAGGUGAUGUCUGAGAUGCUGACGGAGCUGGUGCCAGGACAGGCUGAAACCUCUGACCUUGAACUGCUCCAGGAACUGAACCGGACGUGUAAAGCGAUGCAGCAGCGUGUUCUGGAGCUGAUCCCCCGUAUCCUCAAUGAACAGCUAACAGAGGAGCUGCUCAUUGUCAAUGACAACCUCAACAACGUUUUCCUGCGCCAUGAACGGUUCGAAAGGCUCCGAUCUGGACAGUCGACUAAGCAACACAACAAUACAGAAAAUGUGAGCAAUUUGGUUGACGCGGGUCCUGGCGCUACAUCAACAGGGAAUGAGUCCGAAGCCCCCAACUCUCUUUCGUCUCAGCUUGCGGGAAUGAAUCUGGGUUCCGGCAGUGUCAGUGCAGGGCUGCAAUCCCUUGAUCAUUCUGGCAAACUGGAAGAAGAGUUUGACAUGUUUGCACUGACCCGUGGCAGCUCCUUGGCUGAGCAACGCAAAGAGGUGAAGUAUGAAGAUCCUCUGGCAACCAAAGGACUAGCUGGAGCCUUAGAUGCCAGGCAGCAGAAUACAGGAGCGCUGGAGCCAGAACCCCCGAUCUCAGAUUGGAUGAUGCAGCAAGGAAUGAUUCCUGUCCCCCAAGCCUCCCUCAUGGAAGAUAUUGAGCAGUGGCUCUCCUCUGAUGCCGCUGAGGAUCCGAAAGGGGUGACCAGUGAAGAGUUUGACAAGUUCCUGGAAGAGCGAGCAAAAGUGGCGGAUCGACUGCCCACGCUUCCCAACCCCCCAACUGGGGUCCCUUCCCCUCCAGCCACCUCUGACCCUCACCGGAAGGAAGAGAAGGAAGGCGACGCAAUGUUUGCUUUAUGAGCCGUCCAAUAGACUGGUGUGCUGUGGCUGCAAGAGGACCUGUGUGCUGCACUGCUCUCCUCCUCCAAGGGAGGGGGGGCAAGAGAGGAGUGGGUAGGGGCUGGGGCCCCUCCCUCUCUCUUUUCCUCCUGCCUCUUUUACUAGGCUGCUUUGGGGUUCAAUUAAUCAUGACUGCAUCUGGGGACCUGCAAGAGAGAGAGAAAGAUAAAAGGAAGUGGCGGGAAGUGUUUGCAAAGAUGCCAAAUGCCUUGUCAAGAGGAGCUGGGUGGAUUUGGGAUUUCUUCUGUGUGGUUGAAGUAAUCUUCCUCUCCUUCGGUCCCCCUCCCCCUUUUUCCCCAUUGAAGUGACUGUAAAAGCAAUGGUAGUUUCCUGUCAGUACUGCAAGCAGCUGCGUUUUGUUGUAAAACUGAGCACUUCCCCCUUUUACCCGCUCUCUCUUUCUCCCCUCUGUACUUUGCUCUCCUGUGGCUGAAUAGGAAUCAUGGACACUUUUUACAAUGGCAGGAGAGUUGUUUUAAGUAAGGUAGUGAUGCCUGCAAGUUUCUGCUACAUACCCCCCCCCCCCCC